UUCUAACUUAUAAACAAUUAAUAAAAAUGUACUCUUCGGACUAGAUCGAGUGUUUGCUAACUCUUUUAUUAAACUACAAAAUAAAAAAACAAAAGCAAAAACAAAACAAGACAAAAACUUGGCAUCUCUCUACUUAUCUUCUCCUCCUCCUCCUACUUAGUGAAGACUCUUCACUCUUCUUUCACCAAACCCUUAAAUACACACACCUAUACAUACACAAACACACAUAUAUAUAUAUAGAGCCAUGGGAGAAGGAGAAGCAAAAGCAGAGCACGCAGCAGCCAAAGCAGAACACAAGAAUGCUCCCUCCGCUUCUUCUACGCCGGAAUCUUACUCUAAAGAAGGUGGAGGAGGCGGCGGAGAUGCUCGUCGUGCGAUCUGCGGCGCUAUCUUCACCAUCCUCGUCUUGCUAGGCAUCAUCGCUUUGAUACUCUGGCUCGUCUACCGUCCACACAAACCACGUCUCACCGUCGUCGGAGCCGCCAUCUACGACCUCAACUUUACGGCGCCGCCGUUAAUCACAACCUCCGUUCAGUUCAGCGUUUUGGCGAGAAACCCUAACCGGAGAGUCUCUAUCCGCUACGACAAGCUCUCCAUGUACGUGACGUAUAAAGAUCAGAUCAUAACGCCGCCGCUUCCGCUGCCUCCGUUACGUCUAGGACAUAAAUCUACGGUGGUGAUAGCUCCGGUGUUGGGAGGUAACGGUGUACCGGUUUCUCCGGAGGUGGCUAAUGGUUUGAAGAACGAUGAAGCUUACGGCGUCGUUUUGAUGAGGGUAGUGAUACUAGGGAGGCUACGUUGGAAAGCUGGUGCGAUUAAGACUGGACGGUAUGGAUUUUACGCCACGUGUGAUGUGUGGUUGAGAUUUAACCGAUCGUCUAACGGACAAGUUCCUCUUCUCGCUCCUUCAACUUGUAAAGUUGAUGUCUAGUUCUUAAUUUUAUCUUAUAAAUUAAAAUGUGUUUUUUUACUUCUUCUUAAUCUUUUGUGUUAAAAAAAAAAAAAUUGUAAUGUUGUUAAGAGAAAGUAGAAUUUGUAAUCUUUUUUUUUUUCUUUAUAAUGUUAGUGUUUGAGAGUCGAGUGAGAGUCUGGUGUAAUAAUAAUAAUAAAAUCAAUAGGCAUAAGCCAGAAAUUAUAACUACAGUAUAAUGAUAAUUACACUCGUACUUAUGAUAUUUGUUA